GUCAAUUGACAUUUGACAAUAUGACAUAAAUAAUAAAUUGACGUAAAUGACAGUUAUAGUAUUAAUAUACAUACGAUUACGAUAUACAACUAUGUUAAAUAUACGUAUUACGAUUAAAAAAUACGAUUAAAUACAACUCUGGCAGUACGCACACAAACGCAGUUUACAACUUUUACAAGUCACAACAAAACACAACCAAACACUGCCAAACAGUCAAACAAAACGUCAAAACUCAAAGCAGAGCAUCAAAUAAAAUUCUAUUGCAAAAUAAAAAAAAACAAGAAAGCAUGUCAACGAUAAUCAAGCGAAAAACUGAAAUUUAUCCAACAUUAGCUGACAGAAUUGAUAUAUUUUCAUGGACAAUUGAGAAUUUUUCUUCAACUUGUCCAAAAAAUGUAGGUGAAAAAAUUGCAUCACCACUAUUUAUGUCAGGAAAUGACCCUGGUUGCAGUGAACUUGAGAAGUAUUCGUGGUGUCUUAAUUUUUAUCCAAACUUCAAUAAUUCUUCAGCAGCAUUUCAGCUUAGUUCGAGCAGAUUGGACGGUAAUUCAAGCUUUACUGAGCCUUCAACACAUCCUACAGGAAUUGCAAUAGUCGAUAAAGAUUUUAAAGAUAUUUUUGAAAUAAAACAACAUCAAUUAAGUGAUAGUGCUUCUCCAGGUUCAAUGGGCGGUGGUUGGAAUUAUUUUAUAAUCACUGAAACAGACUUAUUGGAGCUUAUUGAAAAUAAUCCUUCAAGAUGGUUGUCAAAUGAUGCAUUAACAAUAAUAAUAAAAAUUAAAACAGUACAGAAAAAUUUAGCAUCAUAUACUAUUGAUGAUGCACCCAAAGAAGAGCCUAAAAGUCAAUUAAUAUCUGGUUUAUUAUCUUGUCUUGAAAAUGAAAAGUUUAGUGAUGUUAUUCUUGAAGUAGAUGACGAAGAAAUAAAAGCUCACAAGAUGAUGUUGUCUAUCAAAAGUCCAGUAUUUUCAGCAAUGUUUGACCAUGAAUCAAUGAAAGAAUCAGAAGAUAAUCGUGUUAUAAUUGAAGAUUUUGAUGCUGAUAUUGUAAAUCAAAUGUUGGAGUAUAUUUAUACUGAAAAACCACCAUCAAAUAUUGAUAACUGUGCCCAUGAUCUCCUUGGUGCUGCUCACAAGUAUCAAAUUGAUGAAUUAUUUUUAAUGUGUGAAAUUAAUAUAAUGGCAAAAAUGACAGCUGAAUCUGUUAUUGAUACAUUAUUUGUUGCCAAUCUUUAUGAUGCUGAAAAAUUAAAAAACAAAGCUAUUGAAUUCAUUAAACAAAAUCUAUCAAUUAUUGAUUCAGCUGAUUUCAAAAAUUUAGAACUUCUGAAUGCUAAAUUGGCAUUUGAAGUCCUUCGACAGUUAAUACCAAGAUAAAUAAAUUA